AUGCCUUUGACUCCCGUUGCCCACUCUGUUCUCUACCUGUUCAAAGCUGCUGCUAUGAACAAGUCACACCCGUUAACCUGCCCUCCCUGGACAAGCAACGUGUGGAGGGAGCUUUUUGGGCUGUUUCCUCUAAAGGGUAGUGAGGACUAUUACGAUGCUGAGAUUGAUGUAGUUGGCGACAGUGACCCACAGUUGGAUUCAAGCAAGGAACUGGGCCUCACCAUGCCCAAGUCUUCAAUCGCCUUGAUCACCAAAAAUCGCCGGAAGGCACUUGGGCUCCAUGAGCGUCAGGCUGCAGAACGCUUCCUGCAAUAUUUCUGGGAUACCUGGAAGGCGGAUUAUGUGAGGAAGAUACCAAUCCGCGAGACAAUCAAGUCCACUACUCAAGGCAAGAAAGGUGGCCCGGACCCUUAUGGGUAUGCUGCGUAUCGCAACCUGGUAUUGGCUGCAAUCAACAGGAAGGGCGGCGUCAUGAAUCAAGUGGAGGAGACUUUGGGAAAGAUUGGGGCUACUCCUGCCAAUCUCUGGAAGGAUGACAGAAGCUUAAACAGGGAACGUCCAGCUACCAAGCGUGUUCUUGAGCAUCAGGCGCCUAUAGCUGACACCCAUGCAAGGCUGGAAGAACAAGAUGUGCAAGCAGCUUUGGCUCAAGCCCUAUUUGGUGAUGCAGGGGUCAGCAGUUGUGGGACUGUUGUCCCAGAGCUGAUCCCUACAAUUUGUUGCUUUGCACAGCGCAAGUAUGAGAACCUUGCGCGGAGCUUAAAGCGUAAGGUAACCACAUCAUGUGCUAGAAUGCAAAAGGUUGACAGUAAACUGGAAGAUGCUCAAAGGCUCAGAUCCCCCAAGGCAUUGCGUGACGCAACAAGGGCUUUGACUGAUUGGCGGAAGAUAGCAAUAGGGACAAAGGAGGUUGAUGAGCUUCACUUCCUGUCCAGGGAACGUACGCUGAAGCAGUUAUGGUCAAGUCUUGGGUUUGGAAGUCUUGAGGAUGAUCUGACGGCGUCAAAAUCUAAAAGCAAGUCAACUCAAGAUGGUCCAAGCAAAGAAGAAAUGCAGGCUGCCUAUGCUUACUAUGUUGAGGAGUACUGCUAUGGAGUUGGCUGUCUUGAUGAGUCCAAGCUUCCUAUCCCUACAGUUGUUGUCUCUGGUCUCCACAGUUUGGUGGAUGGGUGCAAGGAUAUUGGGGUAUUGCAUCUCAAGUCCUUGUCCACGGAGGCUUUGUGGGCCCAGCUAGGACUGCCAGGUGUGGAUCAGUUCCCGUUUGCAGAGCCUGGCACUGGUGAAAGCGCCAAAGACAUGGCUCCACUGGCCAAAACUUGUGCGGUGCCGUUUUGGCAUCAAGUGGUAGGCACUCUCAGAAUCUUGGAAGGCGCUUUCACACAGAGAGUGGGCGAUUGCGCCCAACCAACUUUACUGUGCGACAAUGUUGGACUUGGAAAGACGGUGCAAAUCAUUGGGGUCAUUAGCAUGAUCCAACAUUACUAUAAGCAACAGGAACUGCCAGCCAAAGAGCGUCUUGCAACACCCAUGUUUAUCCAAGAGCAAAGCUCGCCAUACUUUGCAGGCCAAAAGACCAUACCAAAUUUGCCAUCAAUUGUCAUUACUCCGCGGACACUUGGCAAUCAAUGGAUGGAGCAAUGGAAGAAGUUUACCCAGCUUGGUAGUUUUGUUCCUGUCCGGUACUCAGUUGAGAGCGGCACCCUUGAGAGCUUCUGCAGUGACCCAACAGGUCCAUACCGCGCUGCAGCUGGACGAGACUUGGAGCAUGCAGGGCAAGUGGUUAUCAUUGCAGACCUAUUGGCUAUUGCAAAGGAAGCAAAACGGUGCUUACAGCUCCCUCCUGCAUUCAAGGGUAAAGAUGCAAGGGAGUACAAAGCUAAGGGCAAGACACCUGUUUUCAAGGCAGGGAUCAGCAAUGCAGGCUCACUCUUUGGAAUGCGCUUUUGGGUGGCAGCUCUCAUUACUCAGUCCUUGUCCUUGGUGAUUGGAGCAACCGCCACACCAUUGUUUACGUUGCUCAAAUGCCUGCUUGCUCUUGGACAAAACCUGCGCUACCAGCCAUUGCUUGGUGAGCAAGGAGUUCAGGUCUGGAACGAGAUGCAGGAAAUGCUGUCAACUGGUAAUGAAAGUUGGAGGCUUACAAGCACAGCGGUGAUUCAAGCCACAGUAGAAAGGGAGCUUCAAGCGGCACUUUUACUUGGCAAAAUUCCCUUGUACAACCCCCGCGCUGCUAAGAUCAAGGAAGAACUGGAAAGCAAGUACCAGGCUGAGGACCAGCGGAGCAUCCUCCAUAUGAUUCAUGUCUCAAAGCAGCCACUAAACAUGUUGCGCUUGCUUCUUCUCCCCAUCAUGAUUCGUUGCACAAAUGAGUCCUUAGACUAUUUGGGCAGACAAAUCUUGGAUCUCCCGUUUGUACAGAAGUUCAUUGCUUGGGCACCCAUGAAUGAAGAAGAGAAAGAAAUGCAACGGGUCAUCAAUCAAGAGCACACACAGCAGAAGAGCAAAAAAACAAAACUGGCGCAAAAGGCUAAGGCUGCCAAGAGACAAAAAAGAAAGCAAGCGCAGGACAAUGUGGGUGACAAUGGGGAUGAGGAUGUAGAUGAGAAUGCAUGGAAUGGGUCUCAGGCACAGGGGGAGGUGGAACGGAGCAAUUGCAAGAAUGUCAGGUGGCAUAACUUCCUGAUAGAACAGAAGUUUGCUGGCAUGCUGGCUAAGCUGGGAGCGCUACGGCUGGAAGAGCAGGCUCAGGAGCUUGAUUGUGGUACCUUGACAAACAAAGUCACUGACGACUGGACAGUGGAGAAUCUGCCCCAGAAGAUGUCCACAAGGAUGCAAUGUGUCAUGGGACUGAUUGAGUGGUUCUGGAUUGGCAACCCCAAACCCGUUGCAUUGCUUGAGGAUGGUACGCUAGAUAAAGCAAGGCUUGUUCAAGAACCUUUGCCCAGCAAGAAGCCGCAGAAGUUUCUCAUAUACGUGGAAUUUCAGCAGCACCAAGCGCUCAUUGCAAAGAUGCUCACUCUCAAAGAAAAAGACUAUGUGACGUACAACGGCUCUAUGGCUACCACCAAGCGUCAACGGUCUGUUGAGAAGUUUGCCAACAACCCAUCAUGCCAAAUCAUGAUCAUCAGCAAUGUAGGCUCAGCUGGUCUCAACUUGGUGGAAGCCUCAGUUGUGAUCAUUGUAAGCAGUGUUUGGUCUGGGCUUGAGCUUGACCAAAUCAUGGGUCGCGUUGAUUGCCCUGGGCAGCUGCAAGAUGUAGCUGUAUACAACAUCAUGGCGCCAGAGGGAAUUGAUCUGGCCCUGAAUGUUUACGCAGAUAGUAAGGCACAGCUCUCUAACCAUUUCCUGAGCUUGCAAAGAACCUUGCAAACUGUGUACUUGGAAAUUGCUCAGCCACACUCCAAUGAUCACAAUGAGCUUGACUUGGAGGAGAUCCCUGCAGUCUCUUCAACAAAGGGUACAAAACCAUCCACUUCCAAAGCUGGGCCAUGCAAGAGAAAAAGCCAAAAUGAACAAUGCUCUCAAGAUGCAAAUGCUGUUCAAAAGCUAGCCCUAGCCAAGGCACUGGGAUCACAGGUUUCUGGUGCUCCCUCAAGCAAUUUAGUCCCUACGACACAGAGCAUGCAACCUCUUCCAACAUCAUCAACAGGAAGCACAGAACAAACUGAUGAGUUGUUGAUAUCCCAGGGUGUACCUACCACUACACCAAAUGCCAUUGGUGCCCGGACAAUGGUGGCCAGUAGUCAACAAAAGACUAAGUUCCAUGCAAAAAAGGCAAGACUUGGUCACUCUUCUUCUGACCCGUCAUUGGUGGCUGCGGCAACAGCACAGCCAAGUCAGCCUUUAUCUGCGACAGGGCCAAUAUUGGUGCCAGCCAAGAAGCGCACAGCACCUACUACAUCUGGGCACUCAGUAGUCACAGGAGGUGGAAGCUCACAGAGGAAGGUGUUCCAUCUGAAAGCAUCAAAACUCUCAGCUAGUAAUCACUCUGUUGACGCAAAAAAGUAA